CUGAACAAAGAGAAAACUGAUCUGGGAAGCAACUGAUUUCAUUCGCUGGCCCACAGACUUGGACACACCCAUGUGACAACACACAGAACAUGGCUGCGGAAACGUUUGCUGAAUUCUUGAACAAACUCAAGGAAGUACACGAGAAAGAAGUCCAAGGCCUGCAAACAAAAUUAAAUGAGCUGACCAAUGAGAGAUGCCGAGACGCCCAGCGAAUCGAAGAGCUGUUUGCUAAAAACCACCAGCUGCGAGAACAGCAGAAAGUCUUGAAAGAAAACGUGAAAGUGCUGGAAAACAGAUUGCGAGCCGGUCUCUGUGACAGAUGCCAAGUCACCCAAGAACUGGCAAAGAAGAAGCAACAAGAGUUUGGAAAGGCCCAUUUCCAGAGUCUUCAGCACAUCUUCAUUCUCACUAAUGAAAUGAAUAAACUGAGGGAAGAGAACAAGAGCUUGAAAGAAGACCUGAAGAGGCUUUCGAGCACAGAGGAAAGGCCAAAGUCUCUAAAAGGACUGCCUAGAGAAGGGAGCUCUACCCCUAACUCACCGCUGCCCUUGCUGUCCACGCGGAGCAGGAAACCCAGCACCGAGAAGCAGAAGCAGGAAGCAGAAGACGAGUAUCGGGAAUCUCUCGGACAGAGUAGUUCUCCGGGUACCAGGUUCUCCCCUACCAUUAUUUUCCAGAAUGAACAUGCUCUUGAGAUGAGUUCUCAGAGGAUAGCAAACCAGUUGCAUGGAACAAUCGCCUUAAUGAGGCCUGGCUCAAGAUCCUGCUCUCAGGAAAGAGAGGGCCCAGGAAAUGCCACCCCACCCCCUGCAAGCAAAACUCCGCCAUCCCCUCUGCCUGAGCGAAGCCCCGGCUUUGAAGCUUUUUUAAGAGCCAGCAAAUCGGAUUGCCACGAAUUUGCUUCAUCUUACGAGACACUGAAGUUUGCCACCCGAAAGGAGCAACUCUGCCUCCUCAACCAACAUUUUGCCCUGCGCCAUCUUGGACUCCAGAGUAACUCCAGCAGCAGGGAGGGUGGCUUCCCUCACCACUUACAAAUGGCCAAAGAGGCGGGAGACAGAACGAGGUCACAAGAUGAGUGGGAAGACCCGGCGGCCAUCUUGGAACUGCCUGGCACCAUGGUGUACCUGAAGGACCAUCAGUCGGAGAACAGGCUCCAGUUUCUUAAUCACCAAGAGAAGCUCCACGAUUUAUUGAGGCAACAUCAGCAAGGGUGUCGAGCCAGAAUGGCGGACAGCUUAGAUCGCAAUGAAUGUCGAUCACCCCCAUUGGCAAGGGCUACCAAAGAGUGCAAAAAAGAGAGGACCUGUUUAGAAAAUUCUGCUGAUGGAACUCUAGGGAAAUUGCUCUUGAUCCAUAGGGAAGACCUGGAGCAAGGAGAGAAGGCCGAGGCCAUGAGGGAGUACCUCACAGACGCACCUCUGGACCUAUCGGAUUAUGGAAGAGGAAGAGAAAACUUGAAGCCGGACUGCUGGCAACAGCCCUCCACAGAGCACAAGCCUGGAAGUCCAGGUAGAGAAAAGAAUGACGACACGGCUCUUCAGAAAGCUUGUUUGUCCAGCUGGCUCCAUGUGGCUAAACAUCUCCAUGGGAGCAACGAGUCAGAGCAACUCGCCAUCAGAGCCAAGGAGAACGUAGCAGCAGCAUUUCCGAUCUCUUUCCUGCAAGAACUUCCCGUUUCCAAGCCAGCCUCGGGUGACGACAAUGCUGAAUCAGACACAAAGAUGUCUUUGGCAACAGAGAAGCAAGAAACGGACCAACCGGAUGAUGGAGAUUCCGAUUCAGAGAAAGAAGAGUCUGAUGAGCCCGGUUCAUCCGACAGCGAGAUGGUCGGGGUUUGUGACAAUGAAAACCUCCAGGAAGUUUCCAUGAAAGAAACGUACUGCUGCAUAACAGAGAACAUCGGGAGAUCACAAAUGAAGAGGAAAAGAGGACAGGAUUCACGGACGAAAGCCCAUAAGAAGACAUCACGAGGUAGACAGAAUGGCAAAGCAACCCAGGUCCCAGCUGACUUACAAGAAGCUACAAAUGAAAACACAAAUCACAGCUCUGCUCACAGGGACAAUGACAACGAGGAGACAUAGCUCAGGUGUGCUUUCUCGCCCGGACAAAUCCUACAGCUGGAACCGCUGUCAGAUGUUUCUGCGUUUCAUAAGAA